UUUUAGGUGGUCCAGGAAGUAUGAAAGGUAUCCUAACUCAAGAGCUUGCACAAGAAUUUGAUUUUAUCACUAUUGGAAUUGAAGAUGUAAUCUUCUCUUAUUUGCCUCAAAAAGAAGCUAAUACUGUUCAAAAUACUGUGGAAAUAAACGAACUGCUUCGAGUAAUUUUUUAAAUAAAAAUAUAGUCUAUUUUCUAGCGUAAUCCUGGCAUAAUAAACCUCCGUUGGGUCCUGCAAAUGGUAGGAGCUAAAAUAGCCACAGCUCACACAAAUGUGCAGAGAUUUAUUGUGGAUAUUGUUCCGGAAUUGUCAUUUAUUCUAAAAUCUGCAGCGUUUACAGCUCUGGAUCAUAGG